AUGAACACGGUAGAGUGUGUCUUGUUAGAUCAAUGUCAAGAUGUUGCAAUCGUUCAGAAUACUGUUAUUAUUAAAAUCACUCUUCAUUUCAUUUAUUUCUUAACGGUCAUUUGUUUCAAUUAUAUGUGUGUUUUUCAUGACACGACUCGUAUAAUUCAUCCAUUCAUACACAUAUACUAUACCAUACCAUACAAUAACAACAACAAUGAUAGAAUGACAAUAAAUUUUAUUCCAACUUUGAAAGAAUAA